AUGUUUGAAACAAAAUAUAUAUUGUUUUGGUUAAUUAUAUCAGCUUUCUUUGGAGGUAUCGCCAUUUUACUGGGCAUAAGUAAUGAUGGGCUCAGGCCGAAAUCAACAUCCGUUGUUUGUGCUUCUCAAGGAAAAGAAUUCUUCCCAAAAAAUAGUCGUUUCUUGGUAACAAAACGUUCGGGAGCCUAUGACUACAAUCUUCAGCCAUCCUGUUGGUUGCCAGAUUGUAAAAAGAUAAAUAAUCAUUUGGCUUUUAGACAAUGUUCAAACUCGUUUGCCAAUGACUGGAACGUCUUGGGAGUGAAUAGUAUGGAAAGAUAUCUUGAUGGCCAAUGGAAUACACUUCCUGGAUAUAAUAUUAAAAGCUUAGAAGAUGCUAUCUGGUAUUUUACGAACGCAACAACCGUGGAACCAUCUUGUGCGCAAGCUUGGAUGAACCUUGCUAUCGCAUCAAUGGAAAGCCUUUUUUACUCUUCGUCUUUGACCGCAUUCUCUAAGGCUUUUGAAUUGUUUGAAGAAAAGUCUGAUUUGGCAACUGUUCAGCUUUUCUGGGGACUCACCGAAGAAAGUCAAGGAAACAAGGAAUCUGGAUUUUCUCGUUAUGAUGAAUCAAGAACUCUUGAUGUUGAAGUAGAGAGACGUUAUUGGGGAAUUGCUAUGGUCUCCACCUAUCGUCAGGAACUGAAUAAUUAUGGAAGUAAGGAACCACUCGAUGCGCUCCGAUCCUUUGGAACUUUUGCCUAUUUUUCCCCCACUUCUAUUGGAGAAUGGGCUUUGUUGAUGCCUGGAACUCAAGAUUGGUUCUUGGAGAAUCGUUACAUUAUUCUAAGAAAGAUAUUGCCUCCUUUCAUUCUUAAUGCUGUCUCAAAGUACUAUCGUGAAUUGAUUGAUCAUAAUGUUUUAGAGCUCGGGGAUGUUCAGUCCAAGAGAUAUGUUGCUUAUAAUGAUAGAGUUGGAAGAUUCCUGCAGAAUCAAUUAACUCAACUCGUCAGAUCUAUUAUUGCGCAUAAUGCAAAGCCAAGUUGUACUUAUUUUGGAGGUUACGUUUCUGGAGCGACGCUUGAGGCUCAUACUGACAGAGCUCAAUGUGAGUUUACCAUUUCGAUGAAUGUUGAACACUAUCCUCAUAAUCGUACAUGGUUAUUAUCACUUGACAAGGACCCUCUAUUUGACAAGGACCCUCUGCUUGACAAAACAAUGAAUACAGAGAGACAUGCAAAUGUCAAAACAACUGACGAAUCUAAAAUCGUUCAUGCUGAUCUCUAUGCUGGUGAUGGAUUCUUAUUCAUGGGAAGACAUCUUAUUCACUUCAGAACUGGAGCUUUACCUGAAGGAGAAUGGACAAAUCAACUUUUUAUGCAUUUUGUUCAAGAAGGAUACGAUGGAGACUUGAAUUAA